UCGACAACCACCACCCUCCCCCUACAUUCUUUUCAGACCACCUUCGUCCCCAGCAGCCAAUAUGUCGGACUCUACUGUUGGCCAGACGAAGCAGUUUGGAAAGGGCCAGAGGACCGUGCCUCACCCGGCUCAGAAGGCCCAGAAAUGGUACCCCGUUGAUGACGAGUCGCAGCCCAAGAAAGUCCGCAAGACUCUGCGUCCCGCCAAGCUCCGCGAGAGCCUUCAGCCCGGUACCGUUCUGAUCCUCCUCGCCGGCCGCUUCCGUGGUAAGCGUGUCGUUCUCCUCAAGCACCUCGAGCAGGGUGUUCUCCUCGUCACCGGUCCCUUCAAGAUCAACGGUGUCCCCCUCCGCCGUGUCAACGCCCGCUACGUGAUCGCCACCAGCACCCGCGUGGAUAUCACCGGUGUUGACGCCCAGACCCUCGAGAAGGUUUCCGCUGCCGACUACUUCACCAAGGAGAAGAAGGCUGAGAAGAAGACCGAGGAGGCUUUCUUCAAGCAGGGAGAGAAGCCCCAGAAGAAGGUCGUUGCUAGCGCUCGCGCCAGCGACCAGAAGGCCAUUGACCAGACCAUCCUGGCCUCCGUCAAGAAGGAGAACUUCCUUGGCAGCUACCUCGCCACCACUUUUAGCCUCCGGAACGGUGACAAGCCCCACGAGAUGAAGUGGUAGAUGUGUGACGCGGCGGCCGCGGGUUCGGUAGUUAUUGUGGAGGAAUCCUGCGAGGGGCGGCUAGAUGCAACUCGGCAUUCCCAAUUCAUUGGGAGGGCGUUUGCAGCGCCGGAGGAACAGCUCAUGAAGUAUAUGUAACUCGAUUCGGGCCUCAUGUUUGCUUAGGAUUGCGGUUUUUUUAAUGCGGAAAAAAAGAAAAAACCGGUUGUUAUCUCUUAUUUCACGAUCAGUCCCUCCAGCGUGGCCGUCUUGCAGCAGUUGAUAACUGAGCCGAAAUGAAAAGAAAAAAAGAAGAAU